GUUGUCAUGGAGUUGUAGGCUGGUAACUGUAAACAAUUACUAUUAUUGUCUGAUAACUUUACACGUUCUCCUUGACUUGGCUGUUUAUUUUUGGUGGCAUAUUUCAGGAAGAUGAGACUCAAGAUUUCAUUACAAAAAGAACCGAAACAUAGUGAACUUGUCAGCUGCGUCUGUUGGACAUCUCCCGAAGAAGUUUAUUCAGCAGCCGAUGACCAUCAAAUUCUAAAAUGGAACUUAAACCUAAAUGAAAGCAGCAAAUUUGUGACGUUACCCGAUGGUGUCUACCCUACCAGUCUUUUGUGGACCCCUAAAGACGCCGGGAGUGGGAAGAAAGUUGGUUCUGAUACAUUUGUUCUUACAUCAACUGAUGGUAAAAUCCAUUAUAUUAGCAAGUCUGGUCGCCUAGAAAAAAGCAUUGAGGCCCACAAGGGUGCCAUUCUUUGUGGGAGCUGGUCACAUAAUGGAGAAGAUUUUGCUACAGCUGGAGAAGAUGGACAGGUGAAAAUUUGGUCAAAGCAAAGGAUGUUAAGAUCUACUUUAGUUCAGAAUAGUGCCCCUAUUUAUUCAUUGGCUUGGGCCCCAGACUCCAAACAGCUGGUAUUUACCAAUGGCAAACAGUUGAUUCUCAAAGCACAGCAAGCUGGUUCUAAACCUUUCAUGUGGAAAGGUCACGAUGGACUGAUAUUGGUUCUGCAGUGGAAUGCUAUCAAUGAUCUGAUUCUGUCUGGUGGUGAGGAUUGCAAAUACAAGAUUUGGAAUUCCUAUGGAGUUAUUAUGUAUUCCAGUGCUGCCUACGACUAUCCGAUAACUUCUUUAGCCUGGAAUCCUAGUGGAGAACUGUUUGUUGUUGGUUCCUUCAGCAGUCUUCGACUCUGUGAUCGCAGCGGGUGGUCCUACGCCCUGGAAAAACCCAACACUGGAAGCAUUUUCUGUUUGGCUUGGUCCACUGAUGGAACUCAAGUUUCUGGUGCUUGUGGCAUUGGUCAAGUGAUUAUUGGUCAUUUAGUUGACAGGAGACUAGAAUGGAAGAAUUUUGUCAUCACUGUGGUCAGUAGCAACCAAAUCGACGUCCAUAAUGUGUUAGAUGAUGUUAAAGAGAAACUAGAUUUCAGAGAUCGCAUCAUUAAGAUCUCUUUCUCAUUUGGAUAUCUUGUAGUUGCCACUGCCUCCCAGGGCCAUAUUUACAGUACCAAGAACUGGAACACACCAAUAAUAUUUGAUCUAAAAGAUGGUUGCGUAUCACUGAUUGUCCAAGCAGAGAAGUAUUUCUUGUUAGCUGAUGGUGCUAAUCUAAGCAUACUUUCUUAUGACGGGAGAGUACUAAGUCCCAUAAAAUUUCCUGGACUCAAAUCGGAGUUAUUGACCCAAGUCACUGUAUCACUUAGUAAUGACACACUCGCUGUCCGAUCAAAGAAUGAUGAAAAAGUAAUUCAUCUAUUUGAAGUCAGUACCGGUAAACCAGUGGGGGAUGGAAAACCAAUUUGCCAUAAGUUGGAGGUGGUUGAAAUUGCUUUGGACCAAUGUGGUCAUGCUAAUGAAAGACGUUUGGCAAUUGUUGACAGAAAUAGAGAUCUUUAUUUAACAACCGUCCGUUUGUUUGGCCAUACCAGAACAUUUCUAAAACUUGGCUCAAUGGUUCAGUCACUAUCAUGGAACGACUCUUGCAACAUGCUGGCUACUCUCUCAGACGACCGUUUUCUCAUAUACUACUACCCUAAUGCCAUCUAUGUUGACAAAGAUCUCCUGCCAGAAGUCAUCGAAGAGAAGGACACCAGUGAGUACGGCAAAAACCCCCAGAUACUGCAGUUCCUCGGUAAUCAGGUGGUGAUGCGACGUUCUGAAGGGUCUCUUGUCAGCUCCUCAAUAAAACCGUACCCGAUGCUUCUUCACGGAUACGUGAACGGGGGGAAGUGGGAGGAGGCCGUGCGGCUUUGUCGCUUUGUCAAGGAAGAUAAAAUAUGGGCUUGUUUAGCUGGAAUGGCUGCAUAUGCUAAGGAGCUGCCAACAGCAGAAGUUGCGUAUGCUGCUUUGAAAAAGGCUGACAAAAUUCAAUAUAUUGCCCGAAUCAAAGACAUACCAAUUAAAGAAGCUCGCAAAGCGGAAAUGGCGCUAUUCUGUGGCAACAUCCAAGAUGCAGAAGCUAUUUUAUUGCAGGCUGGCCUUAUUUUCCGCGCCGUUAUUCUUAAUGUAAAGAUGUUCAAUUGGGAACGUUCGCUUGAACUCGCUGUGAAACACAAGACACAUGUUGAUACGGUUUUAGCAUACAGACAGAAAUAUCUGCAAAACUUUAAUAAAACUGAAACAAACAAGAAAUUCCUUCAGUACAUGGAAACGAUGGAAGUGGAAUGGGAACAGGUGCAAGCUAAAAUCGCCAAGGAAUAUCAACAGGAGAAAGAACGUUCACCUGCGGUGACGAGCAGCCGAAUGAAGUAGCCUUACUCAAUCUGUCCACUGUGCUGUACUGGAUGUAUAUUUCUUUGACCGGGUCACUGUACUUCUGUAGCAUGGACUUGUUUCAUGGGGGUCUCCAUUUACUACGUGUAUUCAUUCACCCAUUCACACUGUUUCUCAGUCUUUGUCUCAAGCAUACAAUCAUAGUUAAGUAGACGCCAGUAUAUUUGAUGUAGUAAGUGAAGAAAUGUAACUUAUGUGAAUUAUUAUUAUUAUUAUUAUUAAUAUUAUGGUGGCAAGUUGGUAGAAUUGUUAGCACGUUGGAUGAAAUGCUUAGCAGCAUUUCA